AUGAGUGGCAGUCAGUCUGAUAGAUAUGAAUCGAAAAGUACUAUAUCCUCAACAAAUUCAAGAUAUCCCAGUGUUGUUGGUUGUAAUGGAUCUCCUAAACCAAAUGUAUCGUUUGCUUCUUCGACAAAAUUCAAAGACAAUACCAGUAGUGCCCAUAAAGUUGUUCCCAGUGUUGCCAAUAAAGUUUUAAUAAGAAAUGCACCCAAAAUCACUUCAAAUAAGUUGGAAACAAAUUUUUCGGAUAAUAAUAACUACAAUAAGACAUCUGUUAAUAAAAUUAGUGAUAACUUAAAUAAAUCAUUGAAUUCAAAGAGUGGUUUAGCAGAGCAAAGAAAACCGAGAAAACUGUUGAUUCGGACGCAAAACAAAAGCACUUCCAAACCGAAAGAGCGGCCAUUAUUUAAAGCCAGAUCUGAUGGAUACCCGUGUGGUCAUUGCGGCCGAUAUUUCAAUGCCAUCGAUAGGUUGGAAAAGCAUCAGUCAAUAUGUGAGGUGAUCUCAAAUAAGGAGAGACCGGCUUAUGACUCAACUAAACAAAGAUUUAAAGGACAACCCAACGAAUAUUUGCAUUUUUAUCGCAAAUCUAUAAAUCAGAAUGAGCCGACAGAUGAGUCAAAGAAGUGGAAUUGGAGGCAAAAACAUGAGUACUGUUUGGCAUCAAUACGUUCGGCCAAAGAUGACCCGUCGGGUCCAACCACUUGGGAACUAACAAAACCAACUCUAAAACAAUGCAAUUAUUGUAAGCGACUCUUCAAUGAUGAUGCUAUCAAAAGACAUCUUCCUAUUUGCAGUAAACUAUACCACAAAAAACUUCUCAGCUAUUAAUUAAUGAAA